AUGACUUGGCUCCUUUUCAGAACAUCAGGGGCUCUGGCUAUUUUAAUGGUGCUCAUACUGGUUCAUGGAGAACUGCAAAUAGAGACAAAGGGCCAACACGGAGAAGAUGAUACUGCAGUACAAGGCAAAAGGAGAUACAAGCGUGAAUGGGUGAAAUUUGCAAAACCCUGCAGAGAAAGAGAAGACAACUCGAAAAGAAAUCCGAUUGCCAAAAUUACUUCAGAUUUCCAAGCAACCCAGAAAAUUACCUACCGAAUUUCUGGAAUGGGAAUUGAUCAACCCCCUUUUGGAAUCUUUGUUGUUGACAAAAACACUGGAGAAAUUAACAUAACAGCCAUAGUUGAUCGUGAGGAAACUCCAAGCUUCCUGAUCACGUGUUAUGCUCUAAAUGCCCUAGGACAGAAUGUAGAGAAACCACUUGUAUUAACAGUUAAAAUUUUAGAUGUCAAUGACAAUCCUCCAGUAUUUUCACAAAGUAUAUUCAUGGGUGAAAUUGAAGAAAAUAGUGCUUCAAAUUCACUGGUGAUGAUAUUAAAUGCCACAGACGCAGAUGAACCAAACCACUUGAACUCUAAAAUUGCCUUCAAAAUCGUCUCUCAGGAACCUGCAGGCACACCCAUGUUCCUCCUAAGCAGACACACUGGGGAAGUCCGUACUUUAACCAAUUCUCUUGAUCGAGAGCAAGUUAGCAGCUAUCGUCUGGUUGUGAGUGGUGCCGACAAAGAUGGAGAAGGACUAUCAACUCAAUGUGAAUGUAGUAUCAAAGUGAAAGAUGUUAAUGAUAAUUUCCCAAUGUUCAGAGAAUCUCAGUAUUCAGCACAUAUUGAGGAAAAUACUUUAAAUUCUGAGUUGCUUCGAUUUCAAGUUAUAGAUUGGGACGAAGAAUUCACAGAUAAUUGGCUUGCAGUGUAUUUCUUUACCUCUGGAAAUGAAGGGAAUUGGUUUGAAAUACAAACUGAUCCCAGAACUAAUGAAGGCAUCCUGAAGGUGGUUAAGGCUCUAGAUUAUGAACAACUACAAAAUGUACAACUUGGUAUUGCUGUCAAAAACAAAGCUGAAUUUCACCAAUCAGUAAUUUCUCAGUAUCGAGUGCAGUCAACCCCAGUCACGAUUCAAGUAGUCAACGUGAGAGAAGGAAUUGCAUUCCGUCCUGCUUCCAAGACAUUUAUUGUGCAGAAAGGCAUAAGUAGUAAAAAACUGGUCAAUUAUGUUCUGGGAACAUAUCCAGCUAUUGAUGAGGAUACUAAAAAAGCUGCCUCAUAUGUCAAGUAUAUCAUGGGACGUAAUGAUGGUGGUUUACUAUUCAUUGAUUCAAAAACUGCUCAAAUCAAAUUUGUCAAAAACAUCGAUUGGGAUUUUACUUUCAUAUUUAACAAGACAAUCACAGCUGAGGUUCUGGCCAUAGAUGAAAACACAGGUAAAACUUCUACAGGCACCAUAUAUGUUAAAGUACCUGGUUUUAAUGAAAAUUGUCCAACAAUCGUCCUUGAAAAGAAAACAAUUUGUAGUUCACAGCCUUCUGUGGUAGUCUCAGCUAGAGCACUAGACAAUAAAUAUACUGGCCCCUACACAUUUUCUCUGGAGGCACAACCACUAAAAUUACCAGUUGUGUGGAGUAUCACAACACUCAAUGCUACUUCCGCACUCCUAAAUGCCCUGCAGCCCCUAUCUCUUGGAACGCACAGCAUCGCCUUCACUGUUACUGACAGUCAGGACAGACAGUGCGAGACACCAGAGAGCCUGACUCUGGAAGUCUGCCAGUGUGACAACAGGGACACCUGUAGAACUCCUAGUGAUAAUGAUCCCAUAGAUGGAAAGAGAUCAUCAGUGAGGCUGGGGCCUGCCGCCAUCGGCCUGCUACUCCUUGGUCUUUUGCUGUUGCUAUUGGCCCCCCUUUUCCUGCUGACCUGUGACUGCGGGGUGGGUCCUAUCGGGGGAGUGACAGGAGGAUUUAUGCCAGUUCCUGAUGGUUCAGAAGGAACAAUUCAUCAGUGGGGAAUCGAAGGAGCCCAUCCUGAAGACAAGGAAAUCACAAAUAUUCGCGUGCCACCUACCACUGCCAAUGAAGCCGAUUUCAUGGAAAAUUCUGAAGUUUGUACAAAUACCUAUGCUGGAGGGACAGUGGUGGAAGGAGCCUCGGGAAUGGAACUGACCACCAAGCUUGCAGCAGCCACUGGACUUGGCAUUGGUUCUGCAGGACAGUCUGGCACGAUGAGAACAAGGCAUUCCACCGGAGGAACCAUUAAAGACUAUGGUGAAGGAGCAGUAAGCAUGAAUUUCCUGGACUCCUAUUUUUCUCAGAAAGCAUUUGCCUGUGCAGAGGAAGACAAUGCCCAGGAAGCAAAUGACUGCUUGCUGAUCUAUGAUAACGAAGGAAUGGGUGCUCCCAGUUCUCCCGUGGGCUCCUUGGGUUGUUGCAGUUUUAUUGCCGAUGAGCUGGAUGACAGCUUCUUGGACUCACUCGGCCCCAAAUUUAAAAAACUUGCAGAGAUAAGCCUCAGGAUCGAUGAUGAAGCCAAACAAUCUCAGCUGCCUUCCAAAGACAGCCAUUUUGGGAUUGAAUCCUGUGGCUACUCCCUAGGAGUCCAACAGCCAGAAUCUGUUAGGGGCCAGACUUUGUCAGGCAGUCAAGGAACUUCUGCUUUGUCUGCUUCCGGCUCUGUUCUCCAACCAGCCAUUUCCAUCCCUGACACUUUGCAGCAUGGUAGUUAUUUGGUAACAGAGACUUACUCGGCCUCUGGUUCUCUCGUGCAACCUCCCGCUACAGUCUCUGAGCCACUUCUCACGCAAAAUGUAACAGUGACAGAGAGGGUGAUUUGUCCCAUUUCCAAUGCUCCUGGCAACCUACAAACUCCGAUGGAGCUACGGGGGUCACAUAAUAGGAUCUGUACAGAAGAUCCUUGUUCCCGUCUAAUAUGA